CAAAAACGGACUCACGAAAUGCAUCCCUGCUUGAAUAUUGACGAAAUUGUGCAGAAUAUCGCCGGACACGUCGGAACGAACUCAUCGCUCCAUAGUUUCGCAGUAGUGUGCCGUGCGUUCGUCGAGCCGGCAAACGACAGGCGGUGGGUCGGUCUAAACGGUCUCAAGCCCUUGGUGAACUGUUUACCAGACCAUCUGGUAGGCGCGUCCAAAACCUCUGCCGAUACCCUGGUGAGCCUCCAAUACACGUCGUGACC